CCCUUCUGAAGAAACUGGACUCGCUGAUCCGUCCUCUUCGGCCCGCCAAGUUUUGUUGUUCUCUCUAAUUUCUUAUUGCAGGCGGAAAUUUCAGAAGCUUCUUUCUCGCUGACGGAAGGUGAUUUCGCUAUUUCUCUCUUGCGUUACUCGGACAUGUAUCCGAAGAUUCAGAGUGAAUUUUAGUUUCAAUUUCAGAAUCGUCUAGCCCCAGAGUAGGAUUGCAUCUGCGUUUGCUGAAUUCGUCCUUUUUAUUUUAUUUUGAUAUUGGGAGUAGGCAGGUGGUUUUAUGGUUGUUUGAUUUGGGGGGAGAUUGAGUUUACAAAACGAAUAGGAAGGAAAGGAGAAAAGAUGGGUAAUUUGAAACAAGCACUUAAAAGCCUCGAUGCGUUUCCGCGCGCUGAAGAGCAUUUGCUGCAGAAAACAAAAUCUGGCGCUAUCGUUUCCAUUGUUGGACUAAUUAUCAUGGCAACUUUGUUCUUGCACGAGUUGACUUAUUAUCUUUCAACAUAUACUGUACACCAGAUGGCAGUUGACUUAAAACGUGGCGAAACACUUCCGAUCCAUAUAAAUAUGACGUUCCCAUCUUUGCCUUGUGACGUUCUAAGCGUGGAUGCAAUCGAUAUGUCUGGGAAACAUGAAGUUGAUCUUGAUACAAAUAUCUGGAAGCUUCGCUUGAAUAAGGAUGGCCAAAUUGUUGGCACAGAGUAUUUGUCAGACCUUGUGGAGAAGGAACAUGCUCAUGGGCAUGGUGACGACAAAGAUCACCAUGAGGAGUCUGAUCAUAAAAUUAAACUCCACACUCUUGAUGAAGGAGCUGAAAAUAUGAUCAAGAAUGUGAAGCAUGCAUUAGCUAAUGGUGAAGGUUGUCGGGUGUAUGGGGUUUUAGAUGUGCAAAGGGUUGCCGGGAAUUUUCAUAUCUCAGUUCAUGGCUUGAACAUUUUUGUUGCUCAAAUGAUAUUUGAGGGUUCUUCUCAUGUCAAUGUGAGUCAUAUAAUUCAUGAUUUGUCAUUUGGGCCCAAAUAUCCUGGGAUACAUAACCCACUUGAUGACACAGUCCGGAUUUUGCGUGGAGCAAGUGGAACAUUCAAGUAUUACAUAAAGAUUGUUCCGACGGAAUACAAGUAUAUCUCGAAAGAAGUUCUACCUACAAAUCAAUUCUCUGUCACUGAGUACUUUUCUCCAAUUAGUGAGUUUGAUAGGGCAUGGCCUGCUGUAUACUUUUUGUAUGAUUUGUCACCAAUUACAGUGACCAUUAGGGAAGAACGUCGUAGUUUUCUCCACUUCAUUACACGCCUUUGUGCCGUACUUGGGGGUACAUUUGCAUUAACAGGAAUGCUAGAUAGAUGGAUGUACAGGCUCGUCGAAGCAUUGACAAAACCAAAUUCUAGAAGUAUCAUAAGAUGAUUUAGGGUUCAAAGCUGCAUGUGCCCAAGGAAUUUCCUUUUGCAGAUAGUAUGAUCUCAGGAAUGAGCACAAUCAUAGCUCUGGAAACAUAGAAUGGUCCUCACCCUUGAUCCUCUCUUCCUCGGGUUUUGAAAUUUUGAUGUCAUUGUUGUAUUUCCUUGGAAGGAUUAGUUCUAUGUUUUUACUAUGUGAAUUUUUAUGGGAAACUCUUAAGUGUUUAAGUAGAUAAAAGUGAGGUUGUAGUUGCUGACGUUCUUGUUAGAAUUAUUUGUGCAUUUCCGGUGAAAACAAACUACAUUGGCUAUACCACUUUGGCAGUCUACUCGUAAAGUUGAUACAAGGGUAGGAUUUUUUAAGUUCA